AUGCCGUCCCCCUCUUACCUGUUUGUGAAGCGAGGGCCCGGUCCACUUUGCCUGCAGUCACGGCGCCGGUCCUGUCGGGUUCCGUCGGGUUCCUCAGCUCUUCUGCGGAGACGACAGAACAGAACAGCCGGCGCGUACCGUCAGCGCUCAGGCACGCAGAUUUUUGUAUCCACCUGUUCUGGUCGGGCCUGGUCCUUGCGUCAACCAAUCAGCUCCCUCCAACCGGUGUGCCUCGUUGUCUGGGUGGACGUGUGCGCGCGUGUGCGCCGAGUCAGCUCCUCUUCAGACGGCCGUACGCGUCGGCGACCCCUCCGAUACUUUGACCUCUUUUAUUCAAGCGUCUCCAUCAGCGGCCUGACAAGGCAUUGUAAGCGUGGGACUAUUUUUCUUUCCACGGAUUGGUGCAAAAUCACAACAACUCCGCUUUGGACCAUUGGUGGAAAAAAAAAUCCGACAGACAAAACCCACCCAACAUCUUCAUCAUCGUCGUCCUGCACCGAGCCGACCGUCGGUGUGACCUUUUCCGUCCCGCGAGGAGGCCGAGGGGGUCUGCCCCCGUCUGAGAUAAUGAUCCAAUCAGAGGUGGCGACUGCAGGCCUCGGCUGCUGUUUCUGCUGCUGCUCCUUAAUCGUCACCACGUGCCCCGCUGAGUACACAAAACAGCCACAGGUAUGUCCCCGUCACCCGGGGCCACACCAGUCAAUGCCAGCAUGCUGUCAGAACCUCUCGGGCGUCCAAUCACGCUAACGAGAUGUGACCGAGUCUGCCGCUGCCAGCGAACAAACAUUUGUUCCGUGCGUAUACCGUCCGCUCAUGUAUGGAGACGUUUCUUGUGUACCUCCAUUUAUCUGUCAGUGACUCUGAGCCUGCGGCCGUGUAGGCUGGUUCGCCGCAGUGGAAAAGAGCAUCGCGAACUGGCUGGCGGCGGGCGGGUGGGGUUUGUCCACCUGGACAAAUUUCACCAGUCUGUGUGUUCUUGGCUGGGCCUGCAAAAAAAGUUGUAAACUCUUGUAAGAAG